AUGCCCCCGGCAGCACCUGACGAUCUCAUCCGCCAGCACAGCCGGUCACUCGAAGACGAUAGUUCCUUCAUCCCGGAACAGCCUAGACCCAUCCCGGAGCAUGAACCAAGUGGGAAGAGCAAAAAGAAGAAAGGCAAGAAGGCCAAAGCAGCCAGGGCAGCAGCAGAAACCCCACCGGAUGAGUAUGUACCCGGUGAUUGCCUUUCUGAUGAACGCGCGCCAUUGACGCGUGAUUACAUGGACAGUAUCCCGGAAUUUUCUCCGCCGGCGGCGGAGUCACCCUUUGCAGCACCAGACCCCGAGCCUGAACCAGAGCCUGUUUUACCUGAACAUCUAGAUGAGCCUCUAUGUGAACCUCAGCCUCAGCCUCAACCUCCCCCUGAGCCCCCUAUUGAACAUGUAAACCCCCCUAUCACGUCGCCUGCUCUCGGCGCACUUGACUCUCUUGACGAACCUGCUGGUGAAGACUUUAACACUCGCACCGAUACCUGGGCUCAAUCUGUGCCCUAUGGAAAGAGUCCCCCCACCGACCUCAUGGACGGGGAUCUGCCCAGUGCAUCUCCUUUGAACUUUCCAACUAUACAAGAGCGUGGCUUUAGUCGCCCAUCCUCGGCUUCACCGCAGACUCGGACAUUGCCAUCAAGCUACGGGAAUGGUUACGGUCAAGGUUACCGGAGCAGCAUGCAGUCGAGACAGCAAUCCGCAGAUCGAAGAAAGAGUCACUCCUACGGAAGCCCCAUGGGCAAUCCGCAUCCUCUCCCUCAUCUUCCUCAGGCUCAUUUCUUUGGAGCACCGGAUAUCGAUAUUCUUCCGAAUCAGAAUCGACCCCUCACCGACGGAAAUUACACGUUUUGCAGUUUUGAUACACUGCCCAACUUAUCGCCCAAAGCAUCACGGACUGGAAACAAUGUCUUGCUGGUUGGCAUUGACGGGGGAGUAGAGAUCCUUGCUAUUGAGGAUCGUCGAACGCGCCUCGUCGGACAAAUCACCGGAAUCAACGGCCGCGUGAUCGAAGCCAAACUAUUGACUGGUCAUUCUUCAAAUGACCCGUUCUCGUCAUCUAGGCCUCACGUGGCGGUGAUAGUUCAUGGUCCACAGCCACCGACUGAGGAAGAAGGCCAUAUUUCGUCUGCGGCAUCGGACGCAAAUGAUGUCGCUCCUUCCAUGGCUCGAGGCCCCUCGAACGAUAAACGUGCACGGGAUGAGACCAAAUUUUAUCAGACCCGAGUUGAAGUUUAUUCUUUCCGGACUGGUGAUCAUGUCUCGACAUUAUUUGCAAGCAAGCCUGUGCCAUGCCUGGAAACCCUUCCAGGUCUUCCGUCCUUUGCGCCCCCGGCUGUCGGUAGCUUGAAACUUUACACCUCCGGGGCUUAUAUCGUCCUGGCUUCGGGUGUCAGCGGAGAGGUCUAUGUAUACAGACAUGCCCUGUCCCCGGAAACAGGCGCUUACCAGUGCUUGGGUAAGACCUGGACCGGGGUUCAAUCACAAGGUACUCGUCGCUACUCCACCUCCUCAAGCUCGACUACCGAUCCAGAGGGAACCCGCUCGGAUUCUCCUCACCGUUCUUCUGUUCUUGAGAGGCCCAUCUUGGCCCUCCAGGGAAGAUGGCUGGCCUUUGCGCCUCCGUCCUCGUCUCAGAGAGGAUCGAUCCAGGGGACCGUUCCUUCUAAUUUGUGUUACGGCAAAGCUCCAGGGAUUGAGACCCGCGGUCCCCCUGCGGUGCCCUCGGUCUCGUGUGCAACCGAUGUUGGUGAAGGGGAAAGUUUCCUGGAUAAAAUGGCACGGGGAGUUGCCCAAGAACUUGUGCGAGGUGCCCGCUGGAUGGGAGACCAAGGCAUGCAGGCAUGGAACAACUAUUGGAACGCCCAGCAAACAGGGAGUACCUCUCCACGUCGGCCACCUCCCGGUCCUGACCCACAGACCCAAGGAUAUGGCUUGUUUCCACCGACACAUGGUCAAGAUACACAGGCUUCGCCAUCCGAGCCUGAUACCGUAUCUAUCAUUGAUUUAAGGCGGUUUGAGGACGGCACCGAUGUCCGAAACGUCCUUACCCACCCUGUCUCGACCUUCCAGGUCCCCAACGGCUGUAGCUUUCUAUCAUUGUCUCCAAAUGGCUUGAUGCUAUUCACGGCUAGUAAGAAGGGUGAUGUACAAUAUGUAUGGGAUCUGAUGCAACUCAAAUAUUGCCGAUCAAUGGCUUUUGUGGCCGACGAUCAAACAGGCCAAACCCCCAACGUGCGACAAAUCGCUAGAUAUGCACGCCUAACUACAUCCAGCAUUGUCGAUGUGAUUUGGACUGCGCCAACGGGUGAUCGACUGGCUGUCAUCACACGCAAAGGGACGAUUCACGUGUUUGAUCUGCCCCGAAGUGCUUUCCAAUGGCCUCCAUUCCGCCGUGGAAAGCCAACCGCAACUAAGGCGCCACCCACUGACUCUGUGUCAGAAGACUUAGCUAGUGAGCCUGCUGGCGGUAGCUCACUCUCAGCGGCUAUGAAACUGGUAGGGGGUAAGGCGCAGCCCUUCUUCUCCGCCGUCCGAGGCCGUGUCCCGUCUACUGGGGCAGCCUUCCCCAAUAUGAGUGGAUUUGCGCUUCCAUCUGCCGCGAGCGUGAAGAGCGGAAAGGUUGUCGCUGCUGGUCUGAGUAAGUCCAUGGGCGCGGCUACAGGUACUGUCAAUACCCUACGCCACGUGGGUGAGAACCGCCUUCAUCUUUCAGGGCUUGCUCGAGACCCUGCGCCUUCUCGAGUGACGUGGAUCUGCAACAAGGGUAUGAUAUUCCUUGGUGUUGUGGAUGGCGGGUUCUUCAAGCUUUAUCGCCUCAAGCGUGCUUCUGUGUCUGGCCAGAAGAACCGUCAGCCUCACUCUGUUGUGGGCGGCAAGGAGUCUCAGGUCAAGCUACCUGCCAACCUGCAAGGCCCGUGUGGACCAGCUCCUAUAGCUACCUUUGAUCCAGAGCUCACCAUUCACGCCUCUCUCGUUCUGCCAUCCGCUAGUUCUCAACUCUCUAGUGCUCGGCCACUUUGCCAGCCUCUUUCGCAGGCCGAAAUUGAGACAAACACUCCGUACCAGCCCUUCCACACAGACCAAAGAGUCGGUCUGAGUGUGUUUAACACUGGCAGCGAACAAAGCGAGCCAAGUGGUCAAUGGGUUUUCGGUAAUGACAUACCAAUCACGAAAGUUCAUUUGAGAUCAUUCAACAGUAGCAGCGAUGACCACGGUGAUGAUGACGAUGAGCACGCUGCCAUCCACGGUAGCUCACUCGGUGCUGGUGGUGAGAUAGAGAACCUCAUCACUCUCGGCAACAGCACUGGUAAUGUCGAGGAAGUCGUCAUCACAACCCGUCGAAAGAAGAGACACUCCACUCCAUUGAAAGCCGACGAUGGCUUUUUCGAAGACGACUGCGAGGUUCUCGACUUUGCCCGAGACCGCGUUUGA